AUGCGUGCCUGGGUACGCCGGCGGCGCGGUCCUGCUAAUAGCGCGCUCGAGCUGGCCACCGAUUAUCCAACCCCCGACGUGCCCUCAGGCUCGUCGCCCGACGUGCUAAUCCGCGUGUCAAACGUGUCACUACAGUUCAGCAGUGAGUUGAUAAUGAAGAUACUGCCUAAACUGCCUUUCACCAGCUCGUGGAUCCCGGAGAUUGAGCUUUCCGGCGUAAUAGUAGCAGCUGGCGCGGGUGCACCGGCAGAGUUGCGCGAUCCGGGCUCACAUGUCAUUGCGUUUCAGAACAUUCCCAGCGCCGUGGUCAUGGGCCACGGCGUGCUGGCAGAAUAUGUGCGACUGCCUGGCAGCCAGGUCGCACUUAUCGAUGACGGCAUGGAUAUGGCGUCGGCCUCGGGCGUCAUCGGGGCCGGUAGCACUGCGCUCAAGAUGAUUCGCACGGCAGGUGUGCGUGAGGGUCACACGGUGCUUGUGAAUGGGGCCAGCGGGUCGGUCGGUUCGGUGCUUGUGCAGCUGUGCAAGCUGCGUGGUGCGAAGGUUGUCGGCGUGGCUAGCGGAGGUAACGAGCCCAUGGUUCGUGAUCUGGGUGUAGAUGAGUUCAUCGACUACCGCGAACAUGAAUCGCUGCCAGCCUACCUAGCGCAUCAGUAUGGCGACAAGCCGUUUGACUUUGUGCUUGAUUGUGUCGGCACGCAAGCACUUUUUGUCAACUCCCCGGCUUAUCUUAAGCCUGAGGGAGCUGUUGUAAAUAUCGGCAUGCUCGAGGGCAUGUAUGUGACAGCGCGCAAUGCCUUGCUUAACAGCUGGCUGCCCACCUGGCUGGGCGGCGUGCAGCGUCGCUAUAUAAUGUUCAGCACGCCCCCGGCAUGUGACGAUGCAGUCUACUUAGCACGCCUGAUCGAAGAGGGCCGCUUGCGUAUCCCUGUCGACUCUGUCUUCGACAUGAAGGAUGCCAUACGCGCCUACGAGCGUAUCGCCACAAAGCGUGCGCGUGGCAAGGUUGUGGUCAAGGUGCAUGAUGACUAG